AUUAAGACUUUCCAACGGGGCACAUGUACAGCAAGAGCAAGAUCAAGUAAACAAACACCCGAGCCGUUCAUCCCCGGCGCCCCGCGUGUCCCUCAGCACCUCACCUCACGCCCUCAGGUCAUUCAAGUGUUUUGGGAUCAUGGCAAGGCUACUGGUGCGUGCUGAAGCAGAGAUACGGGUCCUCAGAGAUGUGCUGGAUAGAAUGAUACUUUCUCUCUUUCCUAAAGGCCCUCACCCCAUGAUGGCCAUUGCUGGUUCCCCGGACACAACCCACACUGAAGGUGAAUGUCUGCCCAGGAACCCUCUCCAAGAUCUGGUUGGGGAUGGGUUUCUGUGGGGCGUCCCCAAGAGCAGGAGGAGUCGAGAGAGAAGGCUCACCAGAAAAUUUGGCUCUGAAAAUUUCCACAAAAAAAUACUGCCACUGCGCAAGCUGCUGACCUGUGACGAGUGUGGCCACGUCCACGAGCCAGGCCGUCUAUGUCCUAACUGUUAUGAGAAAAAUAAGCAGAUCACAACAGCAAUGCAGGAAGCUAUGAACUCCAUGCAGGGCAUGAAUCCAAUAGAACACGAGGCCAUGCCAGUGUUUGCAGGAGAGAAGGUCAACAGUAAGGAUGGCUUCUUUGAGGGGAAGCGAAUCUUUGAGGUCCCCCACGAACGUCCAAGGUGGUUCUCCCGCAGGCUGACCACGAAGUCUAAUGUGACCACCUCCUCAGACACCACCGUGGCCAAGCCAACCAACCUGGCCUGAGGAGUGUGCCGUGUGUGUCACUGAACUCAGCUGAUCCAUCACAAGAAAGUAGCAGAGAGGACUGAUGAACUGUUCAUGCAAUUUAUUUCAAUUAGGUUUUAUAUGCCUACAAGAAGAUUGUGUAUGGCAGUAUGUAUAUAUGUCAGGUAAAUGUACAGCAUUGUUAUAUAUUAAGCCAUUCAGUGUUUUUUAUUUAUGGUUCAAGAUUGUUUAUUAAAAUCUAGAAAAUUA